GAUUUCUACAUGUUUGAAUCUCAGGCUGGAGCAAGCUGCUUUUAAAGCACUCUAAGGACCUGCCUUAUGAGGAAACAACUGGAGCUUUCAUACUUCAUAUUUCUUCUAUGAAAAAGUGAUUUUGGAAGCCCUCCUAGGCCACCUUGCUUGAGGUGUCUUUUUCUGAAGAAGCAUGGCUUACUUUGUGUUACAAAUCGUUGGUCUAAUAUUUGGAGGUAUCGGCAUGGUUGGGACUUUGGCAGCCACAUUUAUGCCACAGUGGAGAGUUUCUGCCCACAUUGAUGGAAAUAUUGUGGUGUUUGAGACCAUCUGGGAAGGACUGUGGAUGGCCUGCGCCAGUCAGCUGGGCAUCAGGCUGCAGUGCAAAUUUUAUGACUCUAUCCUGUCUCUUUCCCCACCCUUGGAGGCAUUCAGAGCCCUCAUGUGCACUGCAGUGGUUCUGUCAAUUAUUUCCUUUUUGUUGGCCAUUGUUGGUGUGAAGUACACUCGCAGGAACAAGGUCAUCAGUAUCUUCAUACUGGCAGCUGGACUUUCCUUCCUACUGACAGGUAUCCUUGUUCUGAUCCCUGUGUCCUGGAGUGCAGGUAGCAUCAUUCGCGACUUCUAUGAUCCAAAAGUCCCUACACCACUGAAACGAGAGCUAGGAGCUGCUCUUUAUGUGGGAUGGGUGAGCAGCGCACUUCUCAUCAUUGCGGGAGCAAUGUACUCUAUCUUCUGGUGCUGGGCUGAUGCAUCCUUAAAAUCCAAGUAUCCAUUGCUUUCCUGUCACAGUUUGCGCAAACCUAAUGUUUCAGGAGGGCCAUCUGCAAGUGUGCAUGCCUAUGUGUAGUUGCUACAUGUGAUCUUUCUGCUUAGUAUGCCAAUAUGUACUGGUUGACUUCGGUGUCUAAUUAAACUGUGAAUCUGUAAUGGAGAGGCAAUUUAGUUCAUUUGCUGUUUACUAUUGCCAUACACAUCUGCUCUCUGCCAUGAAUACAGGGCAUGUUAUUACAUGGGCAUUAUGUUUGAGCACAGUCAAAAGAAAAAUCUAACCAUUUUAUGGGAAUGAAGAACAGCAUGGGAACAGCAGCAGCCAGAAGUCUCUCAGAGAAGGCAAACAACAUAUGGUUGGACUGGAAGGCAGGCAGCUGCUGUGCAGUAGCACCAUUGCCCUCUCCUAAACCCAUGAUGUGUAAAGAGAGCAGUGCAUUUUACUCUAAGGUAAAGUCUUCGGAAAGACUGCUUUAGGACAGUAGUGAGCAGAAUGGAGUUGGCAGCAUGGCUGAAGCAGCUGUCGAAUGAAUGGAGAAGCUGCCAGGAAGCUAACUUCCAAUAUCGGCACACAAAUGAUCAUGCUUUCCCAUGAGAAGCCUCUGUGAUUGACUAUGGAUUUCAUUGAUGCUUUUGGAGUUGAUGUAUCCUUGUUAUUUCUUCUGCAGGGCACAGAAUCUAGCUCAUAAUAAAUAAUAAAAUAAUAAAAUGUUUAAUCUCUUCACCAGAUUUUGCCACGAAUGUGUUAUCUUCCCGUUACUUGCGCUUUCUCAUUUUUUAUGGCUUCUCCUGUUCUAUAGGUAGCAUCUACUCUUCUAUAAAAUUCAGAAUAGACCAUCUGUCUUUAUGUACUUUAAAGCACUGUGCUAAUGUAAAGUAUAAUUAAACAAGCCAGGCAAUGUGAUUGUGCAAUUCCCACUUGCUCAUUGGAGGAUCAAGUGUUCCUGCUUAUAUCUUCCAUCACUCCCACAAAAGCCAAGCCCUGAUAUUGUUCUGGCUGCUUCAUGUUUGCAAGACUUAUUUGAACAUGUAGACUGAGCAACCUGAUGCCUGUCUAUUCACUGUGCAGAAUUCAAUAGUGUUUGCAGCCAUGCAUUUACUUUUCAUAGCUGAAGACUUGGAACCUGCUUUUAACAGUGUGCAUGUCACAACACUGAUAAGUGACCAAAGAAGAGCUAAUUCAGAACAGGUCCCUUUUCUGGUUCUUUACACAGUAGUAAUGGAUAGUAUUAUUUCACUGAUAAUUUCAUGACAUAGAUAUUCAGUUUGAUCCUUUUUUGUGUGUCUGUGACUGGUAUCUAUAGAAAAAAGGGGUGUAAUGACUUGUUGAGCAGAACAUCUAUUUGUUCAUUUGACUGUUCAAUUGGAAGCAGAACAUGGAAAGAUGCAUUUAGUUAAAUAAACCUUUUAUUAACUUGGCUUCAGAUGAACUUAAAUGAAACAGUGCUGUUGAACACAGAUAUUCAUUACAUAUAUUAACUAAUGUGCAUUUCCAUCUAAGACAACUAGCUUAGAUCUUUUAAUGGGAAUUUUCUAGUCACCAUAAAACAGGUUUAAUGUAUUCCGCUCAUCACUUGAGCAGUCAAAUCAGCACUUACUAAUUCCAGGUAAGCCUUUAAGGGAACAUUUUAAAGUAGGAUUGCUAGUACUAAAACAUGUAUUUUUGAAGUCUGUCACAGCAGCUGUCCCCUGGUCAGACAGCUCAUUUCAGUGGAGUCAUUCUGUUAACUUUGGCAAUAAUUUAUACUUCUCUGAGGACCUCCUCCUACUAUUUUGUCUUAUAAUAUAUAUUUUAUUUAAUAAGGAACUAUUUGGUAAGUAAGUCAGAAUUGCACUUUUUGGAUUCAUUUAGCUAUGACAUUUGUGAUUAACAAAACAGAUGAUGAAGACAUUUGCAAUGCAAAUUUGAUACAUAUUUAUAUGUAGGUAAUGGAUUUAAAUGUUGACAUAUUCAAUGUAAUGAAACUUCAUGCAGAUUUAAGUGCUUAAGAAGUAAUUAAGUACAGUUUUCUAUAAAAAUAAUUAAAGGAUCAGGAAUGCCUUCACUAUCAAUGGGUUCAUCUAGGAAUCAAAUUUGAACUGGGUGUGCCCUUUACACUAGUAACUUUAUUUUCAAAGAGAUGGAAGAUAAAGGUGCUUUAUUUAAACAUUUAACAUGAAUUUCAAAGAAAGCCUAAGCUUCUUACAUCUAACAUGAACACCUGAUGGCUGUGUAUUGUUCCAUUUCUCUCUUUAGCAGUUGAUUAAAAGAUGAGUUCAAACAAAAUCUCUAAGCCCAGUCAACUUCGUGCUUGCACAUGGGUUUGGAGUCUGUCCAUGGUUCCAAGUGUAAAGAAUCAUAGAAUCAUGGAAUGGUUUGGGUUGGAAGAGACCUUCAAAUGUUUAGUCUAACCCCCCUGCAAUGAGCAGGGACAUCAUCUAGACUAGGGUGCUCAGAACAACACCCAGCCUGGCCUUGACUGUCUCUAGGGAUGGCACAUCCAUCACCUCUCUGGGCAACUUGUUCCAAUGUUUUACCAUGUUUAUUGUAAAAGAUUUCUUCCUCAUGUCCAGCCUGAAUCUCUGCUCUUUUAGAUUAAAACCAUCACCGCUCAUUGUAUUGUGACAUGCGCUGGUGAAAAGUCUUUCCCCAUCUUUCUGAUAUGCCUCUUUUCAGUACUGAAAUGCCUUAAUAAGGUCUCCCUGAAUUCUUAUCCAGGCUGAACAAUCCCAGUUCUCUCAGCCUUUUCUCAUAGGAGAGGUAUAGCUAGGCUGAGCUGCUCCUGGGAUGUCUGGGAUUUUAUUGGCACAAACAUCAAUUUCUGGUGAUGUGAUUUAGGACUUCACACUCACCCAAAUAUGUUUGACUCUGUGACACUAAAAUUUGUGAAUUAGAUGCAGGAACAAAUUUCUCAUAAGAAGAUAAUCUGCAAGACUAUGGUUAACCUUCUCCCUUUAAACAAAACAAAGCAGUUUUUCCUUUGUUGUGGACUCUGUUGGAGAAAACCCCCUGCAGAUGACUGCUAGAUAUUUUAGCUGUGUAUGUGAGGAAUGCAUUUGGCUAAGUAAACUGUAUGGGUGCAUUUGUGUUUGCUAAGGGAGACAGUUUUUUCUGCUUUUUUCCCCUAUUCAAAACCUGUGAUGCUCAGAACUGACUAGUUGGAAGCUGCAGUUAGGAGGUGUAAGUAAAAAAAUGAAGUUUUAAGGGCUUUAAUGAAAAACUGCAGUUGAACUUUGAAAAUAAACUGUUCAUGAGUUUUCUGUGGGUAACAGGAAGAACUCAUCUUGAGGGGAGUGAUGGAUGAGCUUACACAGAUCUCUACUGCCCAAGGCUGCACCUUCUAUCCCCAGUAUGCUGCUGCAGGAGAGUCCCUGUCUGAUUUGGAUUAUAUGCACAUAGACCUGUCUCAGGUUACCCCAACUGUCUAAGGUGACUCUUGGAAUUUAUUUAGAUGGUUUGACAUGACCUUCCUGAGUGAGACAGGUGAGGAGAGGAUGCUAAGAAACAUGUAAUGCAGCAAAGACACUUGAGGAAAGGAAACCUGUACACGCACUGUGUGAUGGAUGACCAAGGGGAAGCAGGGUGUACAUAAUUGCUACUGACUGUGCUUUUCUCUCAGAAGAAAAGGCCUGAUGUGGGUGUCAUCUGAUGUGGGUGGGCCAGGGAUUACCAAAACAUUGUAUCGGGUCUUUGUGUGCUGAAGCUCUGUUUUUAUUGAGGAAUGGAGGCUGUAAACUUGCUUUAGUGAUGCUAUGUUCACAUUCCUUGAGGUACAACUGCCAGGAAAUUCAGUCACACAGUGUUUGUUAACAACAACUGAUUAAAUAUUGUGGUUAAAUAUCUAGUUUAAUAUCCUGAUGCUAUCAUAUACUUUAAUAUUUUGUGCUUGCAGGACAAAAUUACUUUGGAAAUAAAUGUGAAUAGCCGACAAUUUGCUAUGGAUGUGAAAUAAAUGUUCAAACCCUUCA